CACUAACAACUGUAAGAAAGUGUAGUCAUUCCUCCUGUUUGUGACCUGGGGCUGUAGGGAAGCAGAAAAAUUAAUGAUAAAGCACUUCACCGGCGCUUAUCCGUUUCUACUCCACAGUCCAUAACUUAGUGAGAGGACAUUUCAGCUCCGGUAAAGUCCAUCCAUUUGCAGGAUUUGGUAUCAUGUGUCUAAAAGCUGCCGCUUCUCUCCUGCUGCUUUAAGUGUCCAGGGACAUGAAACUCAGUCCACAGCAAGCUCCAUUGUAUGGGCGGUGUGUUAUCACAGUGCAGCUCGCUGAUGAAGAGCUGGCUGCAGAUGAAGAAGGCGUGGACUACUUCCUGCUGUUUACUGGCAGCACACAGAGGCACCUGACCACCACCCUAAGGAGCAGUCAUGACACCUUGCAGGCACUGUGUCCUGCUCAUGACUGCUGCGAAGCGGUGUUGGUCACCUUGUGCUCCGUCAGCCAAGGUGUCUCUCAAACCCCUGAGAAUGUAAAGGUCUGUCUGGGUCAUGUGUCUCCACUGGCGGAGCAUCGCUUCAGCUUUGUCCAGGAUUUGGCUUUUGACAUGGCCCAGUUUCUGGUGAGCACGGCGGGAAGGGCUGACGGCCUCGACAGGGCACUGCUGCUGGAUGAGUGUCAGAUUCCCCUGCAGGAGUGUGAACGUUUGGAUGAGAGCCUGGCACUGGCCCUCCACCACCUUGUACUGCCUCCAGGAUGGAGCUUACUGGGGAGAAAACUUGCCAACAGCCCUGACCUGGACCCUCAGGAGACCCUGCUCCAUUUUUCAGCACGUAGAGGUCUUUUUCAGGUGACGGAGUUCUUGCUAAAGCAGUCUGGAGCGAGAGAAGCCUUGCAGUUAGCCAACAGACAAGGCCACACUCCCUCCACCAUCGCAGAGCUGCGAGGACACAAAUACCUCCAUGAAUUCCUGAUCAAGGCUGAGACAGACACAGAGACCGGCGAAGGGACUAAGGCUGUCCAGCCAAUCUCUACAGACGCCCGGGUAGUCUGCCACCUCCCCAGACUGAACACACACACCCUCACGCUGAGCAUCUUCCCAGGCCGCGACCCACCAACCCUUCAGAGGAGUGUGGAACAGCUGCUGCACUUGAUAUGUCAUCUUCAUGUCAAGGGAGUUUCUGUACUGGAGCUGCAGUUUGAUUCUCUGCACACAGCUGCCGAAUGUUGUGAGGGUGUAGUAACAGAGAUAACCUGUCUGGAGCGACUACAGCUGCCUGCUACAGCACCAGAGUGCCUGGAUAAAACAACUCAAGAGAGUGGGAUUGAAAACUGCUCAGGAGAAAACAUCAGCCAAGUGGAUUGUGGACAUGAUGAGACUGGGAAUGCAGAGAGCCUGUCUGUGAAUACCCCGGUGUUAGAACACCCCCAGGAACAUGGCCCCAGCCCCCUGGAGGACAGGGUGUGUCUCAGUUCAAACACAGGGAAAGAUUACUGCCAAACGGAGGAAGAGGGAAGGGAGCAGCCAGUUGUUUCCACACAGAUUUUGACUUUGUGUGACAGGAGUGAAGGAGCACAGAGUGAGGCAGAGACAGGGAGCCCCACUGUGGGAAUCAUACAUCCAGCAGCCUGUGGUAAACAGGCAGAGGAAACUGAUAGAGGCGAGGCUGCGAUCCGGGAAGGACAGGAGGCCACAGAAGGAAGGGAAAGAUCUGAACAGGAAGCAGAGGAUAGCACAGACAGGAGAAGACAGGCGGAGCAGGAAACCAACGCUGCAGAUCUAAUAAGAUCCAGAGAAGUCACAACAACUUCAGUCAUGGGCCAGUCCCCGUCAACGGAGGGCUCUGAGAUAUCAGACUCGUCAGACUCUGAAACCAGGGAAUGCUCCCAAGGAGAAGAGGACACAGGAAAGGAAGAGAUGAAACUCAACUCGGAUCUCUGUGAUAGACUGUCUUUAGGUGAGGAGGAAGCGGUCACUGAGGGGUUAACAGACCUUGUUUCAGUCCCGGGGAACCACCCCAACCCAUCACUGAUAGGCUGCGGUGAUGUAAUCGCAGGGGUACACUCUGAAUCUGCUGUUCCGUGUCUCUUGAUAGAGGGCCUCCAUGAGGGGGAACCUCCUCCAGACAUAAACAGCCUGGAACAAAACCAGGAAACAGCUGGUAGGGAUUACACUACAGAGCAGCAGUGGGGCUUGGCUUCAGACACUGGUUGUCAUUCUGGGAAUUGUAGUGGAAUAUCAAGUAGUAAAGAGUUAGAUGUUAAAUGCGCAGAUGAACCUUCUAUAGUACUUACCUCUGAUGUUAAAAGUAAAGGUUUGCCUACAGAUCAACCUGACUACCUGGAAGAAACAUCUCUUACUGAUUUGACUGUGGAAGAUAAACAAACAGAUCUCUUCGAUUCUGAGUCAUCACAUGAAAUAUUGUCUAGCUCAUGUGAGAGACAUGCUGAUUUGGAUUCAGGGAUGAUCCAUCGGCUCUCCAGUGAUGAAGAUGGCAGUUACCGAUCAGUUGGGAGUUCCACAACAGAAAUCUUUCACCUGACUCAGGAUAAUAUUAGUACAGGAGAACAGGACCCGAGUCAGAUUGAAACAGCUGAAGUGUCCUCUGCCGGAGAGAAUAUGGAAGAACCAAAUGAUCAGACAGCCUGUGAAAGGACUGAGGCUUCUGUCACUGUAGAUGCAGGGCCCCCCUUGGAGACUGGCACCAUGAGUUCAUCAGUGACGAGCUGCAGCCAGACUGGCACUGAGCCUGAACCACAACUGUCACCCAGCCUUCAGACAAUGGAGGCAUUGAUUCCUGAGGACACAGCAGAGAAACCAUCCCCAGAACGUGCCAAAGAGGAUCUGUCAUUAGGUCUGGUUUUGUCAGAGUGUGGGGGUGAUUUAGCAAUAAAGGUUGAUGAAAGUGAAACUGCAGAGUCAAACAGUUCCAACCUGAAUACAGGGAUUGAGUGCUCAGUACCAGAGGCCACCAGUCCAUCUGUUUCAGAGUCUAUUUGUUUAGUUAAAGAAGGCGAUCGAACGUUUGAAGACAGUGAAACUUCUGAAGAGGAAAGUGGAAAUAAGCUACAGAAACUAAGACGGGAUAAUGUAGAGUCGACGGCGGAUCAAACACCACCUGAUGAGGGAUUAAGUCUGUCAGAAAAUCAUAUCACUGCAUCUUCAUCACAGGCUGCCAGUCCAGUGUCAGAUACUGUAGACAUCAUCUCAGCUGGAGCACAUUCACCCCUUCCAAGCAGUGAUGUGACCACUGAAUCUCUUGUCGAAGAGGGGUUUUCUUUCGACACUCCUGACACUGUGGACGGAGUUUCAGAAAACCAAGAGAGUCUAAUGCAAGAGGCGGAUGCCAUCAAGUUUGAAGACACUGUAAUUGCUGCAGGUGAAGAAGAAAAUGGCACAGCAGAGGAAGACAUUCCAGCGAUCCACCGAGACAGAGAGGCGUCGUACCAUCAGCCCUGCAACGCUCAACAGUCAGGAUCCUCGCAGUCUUUCGUGUUGCCCAGUAGGACCGGCCGUGUCACAAGCUGUCCUUCCACAGUUCACAGAGACUCAAGCAGCGACAUAGAAAACUUCCUGACCGCAGACCCGGGAUAUGACACUGUCUUCAGAAAGAGCGAUGCAGUGACAGGAGGAGACAGUGCCAGCGAGGUUUCUGUCUCUUGUUCCUCAACAGACGACACUGCUAGCAUCGGCCCGUCCAGCUCCAGUCCUGAGGGGAGCCAAGGCCUUGGGUGCAGCUGGAGCCCAGAAGAGGGGGUCCAGACUGGGGCUGCCAUCACUGCGGGACUGGACAGUGGCGGCAGCGGUGGAGGUGGGACCGGUGAAGCUGAAGAGGAGGCCAAAGAUAGGGUGACAGAGGUGCCACGACGCUCCUGUCUGUUCCGGAACAGUAUCCGCUCCCUGUCACCUCUUCGCCGCCACAGCUGGGGUCCUGGAAAGAACAACGGAGGAGACGCAGAGAUGAACCAGAGGAGUUCCAUCCGUAGUCCUGGUGAAGGGAAGCCGACGUUUCAGAGGAGAAGCUACAGCCUUGAGGGUCUCAGUGGAGCCCAGGAGGAGCCGAGAGGCCGCGUCAACCAGGGCCCCCAAAUCCAGGAGCCUUCAAGGAUGCCUCGGCACGACAGCGACGAGAGGGGGUCCCUGGUGUCUCUCACAGAGGAGCAGGAGGAGAUGGGGGAGCAUGGCAAACUGGACAACCAGAAAUCAAGGAGGUAUCGGCCUUUACGGAACAGCUGUCCCCCCAUGACCCUUCCCCUCACCAAGUCUGUAUCCAUGCUUGCCAUCAGCCAAAGAGACAUUGACGCGGUGGGAUGCCUGAGACGUAAGAGGCGAAUAUCCUUUUCUUUCAACCUUUCUCCCAUCCUCAACAAAUCUAAGUCUCAGUUCCUUUAUGGGGACUCUUCAUCUAGCGAUGAUGAGGAUAGCCUGAGUAUGAGAUCAUUUUCUAGUACCUCUGGAUCACUAGCAUACAGUAUAUCUGAGGAGGAGCCUGGCCCUCUGCGCAGUGACACCGAGGCCAAAAAUGUGACAAAAGUCAGUCGGACCUUCAGCUACCUCAAGAACAAGAUGUACAAAAAGACCAGGGAGAAGGAGCGAGAGAAGAGGGAGAAAGAAAAGGAGGGCAAGGAAAAGGACAAGAAGGCAGUGAAUGGUCAUCUAUUCGCAGCAGUCAGCUCACCCCAGGCAGCCCAGUGCUCACAGUGCAAUAAGGCUUUCAGCAGCAAGGAGAGCAAAGAGACUUUCCAUUGUACAUACUGUAAUGCUUCCGUCCACAAGGGCUGCAGAGACAGCCUGCCUGUUUGUGCCAAGGUGAAAAUGAAGUUGCCCAAACAGCAGUUUACAGUACCAGAUUCAAGCUCUUUUCCUACAGUCACGAUGAGGAACAAAUCUGGUGGUACGAGGGAACGUCCCUGGUCGGCCAUUUUGACUCCUGAGGACCAUUCUUCACUGAUGAUCCCAUCAUCACGGAGACACACCAGUAUAAUGCCUUUCCAUGGAAACAAUCUGUCCAAGAGUCUUUCCAUAAGCAACAUCGCUGGUCCGGUUUUUGAUGAGAUGCCUAUCAAAGGCCUGCGGUAUCUGUCCCAGUCAACGGACUCACUAAACAGAACCAAUCAGGUCACAGAGUCCAUGGAGUCUCUCACAGAUGAAGGGACAGAGAUGAUGGAUGGACAGCUGAUGGGGGAGUUUGAGGCAGAGGCUAAGGAGCUGGAAGCAGACUCAUGGAGUUUAGGUGUGGAGCAUCAGUACCUGCAGCAGCUGGACAAAGAGCUGGUGAAGAGACAAGACGUCAUCUACGAGCUGAUGCAGACAGAGAUGCAUCACAUUCGGACGUUGCGCAUCAUGUCAGAAGUCUAUAGCAAAGGCCUGCAGAAGGAGGUGCAGUUAGAGCUCCAGACAGUUGAGAAGCUGUUUCCUGCUCUGGAUGAACUCCUCGAGCUCCAUACGCAGCACCUUCUCCGCCUCCUGGAGCGGAAGAGGGAGUGCCAGCUGGAAGGAGGAAGCAUGGAGGGGGGAUUUACUAUCAGCAGGAUAGGAGACAUUCUGGUUAGCCAGUUUUCAGGUUCCAAUGGUGAAACCAUGAAAAGAGUUUAUGGGAGAUUCUGUAGUCGCCACAAUGAAGCUGUCAACUUCUACAAGGACCUUCUGACCAAAGACAAACGCUUCAAGGCCUUCAUCAAAAAAAAGAUGAGUAGCAGCAUUGUACGGCGGCUUGGUAUCCCAGAAUGCAUCUUACUGGUAACUCAGAGGAUAACAAAGUACCCGGUGCUGAUUCAGAGAUUGUUGCAGCAUACUAAAGAGGGGAGUGAGGACUAUGACGAUCUGUCCGACUCUUUGCGACUUGUGAAGGAGGUGAUCGCAGCAGUUGAUGGGAAGGUGAACGAGCACGAAAAGAAACGACGUCUCAAGGAGUUUCACAGCCGCAUGGACAGUAAGUCCAUCAUGAUGAUGAAGAGUGGGCAGAUAUUUGCCAGGGAGGAUCUGCUGAGGAGGAAGCUGAUUCACGAUGGAGCGCUACAGCUGAAGAACAGCCAAGGAAGGCUAAAGGAUGUCCAUGCUCUUCUGCUAUCUGACGUGUUUGUCUUCCUCCAAGAGAAAGACCAGAAAUAUGUCUUCGCCAUGCUGGACCAGCGCUCAACGGUCAUCUCCCUCCAGAAGCUGAUUGUGAGGGAGGUCGCAAACGAAGAGCGCGGCCUCUUCCUCAUCACGGCAGGCAUCGAGAAGCCGGAGAUGAUGGAGGUCCUGGCCAGCUCGAAGGACGAACGUAACAGCUGGAUGCAGCAAAUCCAGGAAGCUAUGCAGUCUAUGGAGAAGGAUGAGGAUGAAGGGAUCCCCAGUGAGACAGAAGACGACAAGAGACAACUGGAGACUAAAGCCAAGGAGAUGAGAGAUCUGUUGAGGCAGAAGGAUACAGAGAUCAUGUCUCUGCUGGAGGAGAAGGUACGGCUCUUCAGAGGGAUGUGGGAGGGCUUGAACUCAGGCGAAGAGGCCUGCCGGCAGGUCGAUCCUUUCUUCAGGUCAGCCUCCAGUCAGGAGCCACCCAGGGGGGCAUCCAUCAUGAAAGAUGCCCUGCAGGAAGUGGAGACAUUACAGGCGCUGGUGAACAGCAGCCUAGGAGGGGCCAUGGCCAGUGUCCAGGAGGGAGGAGCCACGGGGCCGGUGUGUUUGCCCCGUCGAGCUGAGACCUUUGGAGGCUUUGACAGUCACCAGAUGCACAGCAGUAAGAGUGGAGACAAAGAUGAGAGUGCAGAGUCAGCGGGAGAUCUGCGCAGGACGGAGUCCGACGGUGUUUUAAAGAAGGGAGGAAACGCCAACCUGCUGAUGAUGCUGAGGAGGAACAGUGAGCAGGUUCUCAACAGUGUUUCCAGUCUACAUCUUCUGCUCAGUACUCUGCAGGCGGUGGUGGUUCAGCAGGACAGUUUCAUCGAGGAUCAGCGCCAUGCCCUGAACGAGCGCUCUUCAUCCCUCACGUCUUUGUCACGGCCGCCCUCACGCCCCAGCUCUCUGAUUGAGCAGGAAAAGCAGCGCAGCCUGGAGAAGCAGCGGCAGGAGCUGGCCUCCCUGCAGAGACAACAGGCAGCUCAUGCUGAGGAGAAGAAGAGAAAAGAGAAAGAAUGGGAGCUCAGGGAACAACAGAUGACUGAAAGGGAGGUGUGCAUGCAUGUGCAGCAGGAGGAGGAGAUCCUGAAGCAGCACAAAGAGCUGGAAGAACAGAGGAAAGAGCUGCAGAGUAGGAAAGAGGAGUACCAGAAGGACCUGGAGAGACUGAGAGACGCCCAGAGGAAACUGGAGAGGGACAGGGAGGCGGUGCAGCGGCAGCUCGACAAGAUGGAGGAGCUGCGCCUGGCUGAGAGGACUCCCUCGACGACUUCGGAUGAAUCCCAGUACCCCGGCAGCUCCCAGUCUCUGGAGUUGGACCCUCUGGAGCUGUCUUCCUCCCUGCCCAGGCUCCAGUCUCAGAAGUCCAAGCCCAAAGGAAAAGGCCUCAAUCCCUUUACCUCAUCCUCCAUGAAUCCAAACUGCAAGGGUAGCGAACCUAACAACCAGAUCUCCAAAAGCCUGCUGCAGCUGGCAAAGAACAAGAGCAAAGAGGGCAAGGAGAAGAAGAAGAAGAAGGGGAAAGGAGGGAGCUCACAGACAUCAGACCCCCAGCACCUUCCAGAGCCUCCACUUGAUGGAGAGAUCUUCUUCUGCUGAGAGAAUCAUUUCUCCUGUGUCUCAUCAUCAACUUCCAGAGAAGUGUUACUGCCAAGUAGUAAUGCAUCCAUCUACAUCCAUUAUACUGUGGAACAGAUUUCAGUGAAAAGACAUCUAGUUAGCCUGAGAUUUCAGCAUUACAUACAAGAAAAUCACAAAAAAACAUGUAUUUUCUUGUAGGAUAGUGCUGCCCUUAGUUUCUGGAAAAUCGCCUACGGUAGUGGGUUGUUCUCGUUUGCUGGUAGGCAUACUUGCAGUACAAAUGAUUCAGAAUCGUGGAGCAUUAGGGGAUAUUCUGUAUCCAAAAAAUUAUUUUCCUCCUCCAAAGAUGUCAGAAUUUCUUUAAAAAAAAUAAAAAAAUCCAUUUGUGACAGCUCAGUAUCACAAUGAAAACAUUUCACGGUGGACUGACUGACAAGCUCUACUAAGUGUGCAAUGAGCUUCACUACCUUUCUGUUUCCAUCUUUGUUCUGACCCUAACUAGUCUGUUUUUCAGUACACUGACAGAUGUUCAUUAUGUUCAUUUACAGAAGCCAGGCCUGUUCCAUGUGACUUUAACUGCACACAAACAAACAUAUCCAACUGCUGCUUGGAAAUAUGUCAACAAGCUCCAUGUGGCACUUUGUGUCAACCUUCAGUGAAUGUUAAUAGAAGACUGAAACCCCAAAGGAAACUCUGUCUAAUCUAAGACACCAAACAUCAGUUUUAAUCAACACUGUCAAGUGCAUUUUAGUGUUUUAUUCAACAUCGCUGCUGUAUGGAUCUCCACUGAAAGAAAAAUUGUAGCCUGGCAUUCCUUUACUUGCUUUAUGGAAAGCAGAUGUGAUUAUGUCCACUAAUUUCAUCCCCAGUUUGUAAGCAAAAUGGAACUGGCACAGGAUAAUUUUAGAAAUCUUCCCUAACAACUUAAUGCCAUCAAUCAUGUUUCUUGGCAAUGUUUUAAUUUAUUUGAAUUAUGGAUAUUUCAUAUUAGAGUGAAACUCUUCAGAUGUACGUGUCUAUUUUUCAGACUCAACAGUAAUGAAAGGAUUGAGACGUAUCUCCCUGUGUCUAAUGGCUCAAUUCAUCCUUUAGUGUGUUUUAGGGCCUUGGAUGGAUAUUAGCUUGAUCUGUACUUUAUCUGCCUGUCAAUGAGCUUUUAUGCAGCCCUCAUCUUUCAUCUGUGCAGCGACGAGCAGGGCUUUCCUUAGUUUUUAAUUGCAUGUAACUCUGCAGGUAGCAUACUAAUGGCCUCUGUCUGUUAAGAGUUCACGUUUCUUUUUUCAACAUCCCUCUUUCAUUUGUGAUAGACUCCAAAGACACGCACCGCCAAUGGUUUUGGCAAAGGUAGGAUGUUAAUUUAGGGAGACAGCAGCUAGUUGGUGAAAAUAAGAAAAGAUAUUAACCUAAAAAAAAAACCAUGUGUUAUGUGUCUUUGAUCCAAUGUUUAUUAACAAAUCCUGCUCAGCAGGUACCGCCUGAUUAUCUGAUCAUUUCAAAUUAAUCAACGUUCGUCAAUGUUAAGCACUUUGGUCAUAAUAUGUGUUUUUGUUAUCAGUGUGAAUUUUCAAACAAGGAGGUAUUUUUUCUGUGGAAUUACUUUUUUUAUUUGAGGGCACUGAUGCUCAUGAAAGCAACAAUGAUCCAAAGUGAGAUUGUUAUGAAUUGCAUAAAAGAUACUGUGCUUCUCUUUGGUUAGUGUUCAAAGUAAAAAAGAAGAGACUGUAACUUUUAUGGAAUGAUUGCAAGGUGACCUGUCUGACCUGUCUUAAUUUUUAAGCCUACGUUUUGGCCCAGACUGUGGGCCAUACGUCUACCUGCUGGACAGGUAUGAUGUGAAAACGAACAAGUUGAAGAGGCCCUUUUUCAGUCAGUCACACAAACCCAGAAAAGAAUUACAGAGCAGCGUCACUGAACUGCCUCGUCGCUGCCUCUUUUGUCUCAUGUUUAAGUGCUGUUUGUUAACUUGCCGUCUGUGUUGAGGAUUUGACUUCAUGUCCAGGCUGGUUUAUUAUAGUGUGUCUCCUAAGAGGCUUACAGGGCCAGCCAAUUAGUUGCUUCAUGUCUUUUGUUUAUGGCUUUGGUGUAAUCCUGUCAAAGAAACAGAGAAAAAUGGGUUUUUUUUCCAACUGCUGCUUUAGGUGUGUUUUGACCACUAGGGAGCACUGCACCUAUGACUAAAUUAGUUCCCUCCCUCCCACAACAACUAGGAAAUAUGAAACUAUUUUUAAUUUCCUUUUUUUUCUAUAUAUGUUAUUCCUGCUGAGAGAAAUUGACAUAUUUUUCUCUGCAGGUUGUUGCCAUUCAGAGAUAAUGUGAUGAGCGUGGGCUCUCACGCUCUGUGACAUUUUACCACUGCAUUUGUAAUUGACUGCAGAAACAAAUAAGUUGUCAGAGAUUGUAAUUGGUUAUUCUCUGAAACCAGUCAGCAGCAGCUUUAAUAUGAAAAAAAAAAAAGGUCCUACGGUUCGUUCGAGGGAGCGGCCGGGCAGAACCACAAACCUCUCUCAGUAAGGGACAAUCAGCAGACGCGAUUCAAGAAAAUGAACUCCCUCCCCGAUGAUGAUAGGCCUGUCUGUGAGACAAGUGUGUCCAUCAGGUAAACUUCCCGUAGCCUUAAAUCUUUAACGUAAAAAUGCACUAGAGUAGAACCCUGCAUCUUCUCAGGAGAGAGAAGAGCUUUUAUACCUCUGCUUUGAAAAGAAGGAAAUGCUUGUACUAUGAAAAUGGUACAGAGGAGUUUCAUUUUCAACAUGUAAAAAAGGGCAAUGACAAAAGUGUAUAUAUGAUUUAUGUAUAAAAAAAAUCAAAUGUAAAAAAAAAAAAAAAAAAAAA